AUGUCAAGAUUAGAAGCGCCAUCAUCCCCUACUGGGCUGUCGCCCACGAGGUCGGGCAAACGGCAUCAGAUUAAGCGCUCAUUGUCGGAGCUAGCUUCACCUACGAGAGGUAGUCGAGCUCAGUCUCGACGAGAGCCUCCGCAAGACGACAGGCACUUGCAUCUCGUGCACUCGACGCCAAUAACUCGACGAUCUCUCGAUACUCCCCGGUUUGACGGCUCUAACAUGGCACAGAGCCCGGAGGACAGCCGCCGCCCAAGCAUAUUUGUUGCAAGGGAUGAGGCCGCAGAGCGAGCUGCAUCCCGCGAAGCUCGUCAAAAGAGUCUCCGCAUCGAAGAAGCAAGGGUUAUUGAGAGCUCAGAGUUUGUCCUUCCAAUGAUAAAUCAACGAGACUUAGAUUUCUAA